CAUAUGAUUUUUCUCACUCCUUGGAUACCAUUCCAAUCUGCCUCCAGGCGGUUUAGAUCCAGUUUUCAUUCCGUCCUGCGGUGUACAAACUUUAAAUUUCCCCAUUGUUUUUAUUGUUUCUGAUACAAAGUCUUGGGUGUUUGUGAAGUAGGUAAUUGUAAGCACAACAUUAUUGUAACAUUCCCAAGUUUGUUGUUGGUUCUGGUUUUUGAUUACUAAAACUUCAAACAUCUUUUGCACGAAAAAUCUGUUAUAGAACAGCAGAGGAAGCCUCGUAAACGUAGACAGAAGAAGAAGAGUUUGGGAAGUACCAUGAGUACAGAUCAGUGCGAAGCUCAUACAGAACAGCAGCAGCAGCAAAAGCCUCAUGAACAACUAGAGCUAACCUCAACAACAGUCGAUGGAGGAAAUCAUUCCAAGGAAGUCUCAACUGUAGAACCAAGGAAAACAAGAGAGCAACGGGAGGCUAUAUACAAAAGGGAGUUUUCUCAAAAUUGUGUCAAGGUUGCCAGAUUGAGUGAAUGUGGUACUAUAAUCUACCGUUAUAUACCAACGCGGUCUUUUUGGAUGAGAACGUGUCGUGAGGAAUGGGGAGUAACACUUGAAGAAACUACAACUUUAAUUAAAGAUAAUCCUUCUCAUCAUUUCUAUAUUGACAUCUGCGGUUCAUAUAUGGGAUAUGGGGUUAUUCUACGUGAUAGUAUGAUGAACCCAAUAGUUGCUCUUUCUAGCAUUUUGGAUCAUCAUAUUUCACAGUUUUAUUCUGAUUUGCAAGGGGUAUCCGAGGGUUUGAAACUGGCAAUAAAGUAUAACAUUCGUAACUUUGUUAUGGUUUGUACUUCUGAAUAUAUUCCUCAAUAUGUUAUGCGAAGCUGGGAACAAAAAAAUGAAUGUUCUUGUCCAGCAAGAGAUGUUCCUGACAAUCCCGAAAAGAAAAAAAGUUAUUGCGUUGAUUGUUCAAGGAGUUCGUUAGAUGAGAUUGAUGAAGAGGGGAACGCAGGCGAAAUAUUACCACUCAUUGAUGAAAUUUUUUAUGAUGCUUUGGAGUUUGAAGGCUUUAUAUAUUUUAAUAUGCAUACUGAUGAAUUGUCAAGACUUAAAGCUGUUUGUCAUCUAGCAAAUUCGGGAACGCAGGCAAAAUAUUACCACUCAUUGAUGAAAUUUUUUACGAUGCUUUGGAGUUUAAAGGCUUUAUUUAUUUUAACAUGAGUGUUGCUGAAUUGUCAAGAGCUAAAGCUGUUUGUUAUCUAGCAAACUCGGGAAUGGACCAGGAUCUGAGUUUACCUGAAAUUGAAGAGGAUGAAAAACUAAUAGAGAUUCUCUACAAAGAUGUUUUCGGUCACGUAUCCGAGGAGGAAGUGUUGCAGCAACAACAGCUGAUGUUGCAGAAACAAUGACAAAAGGAUGAAAAAAUGGUACUCUCUAGAUAUGUUUAGCUCUUAGUAUUGUUAAUCCAGUAAUUUCUUGUUAUUAGUCAUACUGACAUAUGCUUACAAACGCAUUGCUUAAGUUAAACCUGCAUUCGUCUAACAUUCUAGAUUGUUCCGAAUGCCGUUAGAGUACAUCUUGAGCAUCUUUCUUGAAAUUACU